AUGGACGACUACGGCUUUGGAGUUCUGGUGAAGAAUAACGGCAGUGGCAACAAAUCUGCUUUCCCCGUGAGGAUCCCCCCUCACCUCCAACCCCCAGCCCUCCCACCUCCAACCCCAGCCCUCCCACCUCAACCACCCAGCCAAUCCCCCCAGCCCCCCCUCAUUCAUCAACAGCACCUCGGCCACCAAUGGAGGAGGUAGCGCCUGGCUGUUCCCCUCCGUAGCACCCCACAGUAACAUGCAGGAUGAGAUCCUUGACUCCGACAAGGCCAAAGCCCUGGACCUCCAGGACCUGCAGGAGAAGGCCCAGCCGCAGGCCCUCUCCCCUGGGCAGCAAGAGGCCGGAGGUGACCUAGGGGAGCUGGAUGGAUCCCUACCCGAGGACGGCUCCAUGGAGAAGGGCUCGUUGGAGACCAGUAGUGGGAAGGAGAAGCUUAGGGGUGGGAUGGACUCUCCUCCAGUGCUGGGGGGGUUUGACUACCAGGACAGCCUGGGGAUGGGGACGUCUGGAGCCCAGUCCACCACCACCACCUCCUCCUUGACCUCCUUCAACAACUGGUCCCCGACCAUACCUUCCAACCCCUCCCCCGUUAUCGGCGAGGACGUCGGGGGUGGGUUCUUCGGCCCGGCCGGUUCCAACGCUAACGGACCCCCGAUGCUGUUCCAGAACUUCUCCCACCACGCGGGGCCUGGCUUCGGAGGGGCGGGGGGCAGCUUCUCCCCCCAGAUCGGCCCGGUCUCCCAGCACCACCCUCCUCCCCACCACUACCAUCCCCACAACCAGGGGGUCCCCCCUCAGCACCGUCGCUCUCCAGCCUCCCCCCACCCACCCCAGCCCUCCUUCCCUCCUCACCCCCACCGCUCUGGAGCUUUCAAUCAGCUUCCCCACCCGGCCCAGUCCAAGCCCCCCUCCCCUUGGGGAAGCUACCAGAGCCCUGCCCCUCCCACCUCCACCUCCUGGAGCCCUGGGGGAGGUGGGUACGGUGGCUGGGGAGGGUCACAGGGGGUUCGAGAGUACCGCAGGGGCCUCAAUGGAGGGGUGACGGCCCUCAACUCCCUCUCACCACUGAAGAAGUCUUUCCCCAACAACCAGGUACUGUUCUAGCUAGAUAUACUGCACACUCCCAUCUAACAACCUGGUACUGUACUAGCUAGAUAUACUGCACACUCCCAUCUAACAACCUGGUACUGUACUAGCUAGAUAUACUGCACACUCCCAUCUAACAACCUGGUACUGUACUAGCUAGAUAUACUGCACACUCCCAUCUAACAACCUGGUACUGUACUAGCUAGAUAUACUGCACACUCCCAUCUAACAACCUGGUACUGUACUAGCUAGAUAUACUGCACACUCCCAUCUAACAACCUGGUACUGUACUAGCUAGAUAUACUGCACACUCCCAUCUAACAACCUGGUACUGUACUAGCUAGAUAUACUGCACACUCCCAUCUAACAACCUGGUAUUGUUAGAUGGAUAUGGCACAACUCAUACCUGCUUAAGACCGCAUGUCCCAAUGGCCUCAGACUGAUGAGUAGCUUAACCAUAUUCAUAUAACGGCCUACAAUUAACUAGUCAAUGAUUUUCUUUCAUUUCAAUGUUUUGCCAAACUCAAAUUGUGCUUGAUUUAGUUGGUUAUGAUAUAAUUUAUUCACGACCACAAGCUGUAAUCCAGCUAAUGCUGUUGUCUAUUGAGCCAUAAUAUAAACUGUCUGUCAUGCACUUCAAUGGUACUAUCCCACAUGUAUUACAUGGUACAGUCCUAUAUAAUAUUGCCCUAUCUUCCAGGUUCCCUCUCAGAAGUAUCCUCGUAAUAACUCUGGGUUCAACCACAAGGCCUGGAUGGAAGACAGCAUGAGUCGCACUGACAACUUCCCUUUCCAGGUGAGUGAAGCGAUGAGCAAACGGUAGAGGGAAAAUAUAUUUAUCCACCCUUAUAGGACAAUGAAAGUGGACUUGAAACAUGCUUUUAUAUUGUUAAAACCAACACGUGUAGCCUUGUAAAUGCAUUUUUGAUACAAUUAUCAGAGCCAAAUGAUAUGUUCUGAUAUGCCCAAUACAGUACCCAUCAAAGUAAAUGAUGAGCAAAUAUGAUCUAGAUUCUAGUAAGUAGAGCAUCUGAUAACAUCAAUGACAAUCAGGCCAACUAAAUGAUGAAACUCACGUGUAAUUAACUAUGUAUUGUAUUUGUAGUCUUCUAGAUCUGUGAGUGUUGUGGUAAGCGUAUUCCAUGCCGAGGCCUAAUCCGGUAAUCAGUGUUCAUCCAAAAUAGCACCAUAUUCCCUAUAUAGUGUACUACUUUUAACCAGAGCCUGGUAGUGCACUAUAUAGGGAAAUGGGUGCCAUUUGGGACGGAAACCCCAAUCUUCUUCUGUGGUUGUUAGAGAUGCAGCGCGUUAAAGAUGCCACAACGCCUUUAUGACAAAUAUUGACAUACUACAUCCUUUUUUCUUUGAGGUACUCGCAGAUCUGACAUGACCUGGAUUGGCUAAAGCAGUAGGGUGUAAAUCUAGCUUUAGCUUUCCAGUCACACACAGAUCAGUGAUUUACUUCAAGGAAGGGUUUAUUUGAAAAGCAUUCAGUGUCUAUCUACAGGGGCAUGUGAGUAAAGCUGUUGAUGGCUUACAUCUGGAGAUAUCUCUGUGGAAUCAGAUGAAUAGAUUUUGGUGGUAUUUUAUUCGAUAAGCGUCACCACAGAUUGUCUCUGUGGAUGUGUAACUGUUUAGAGGGUCUAAAGUACCAGGACAACACAGUUGUCAUCUAUUAUCAAGCAAAACUGUGUCAAGGAUCUAGAUUAGAUCCUACCACCUCUGGGUUCUAGAGUCAGAAUGGUUCUGUCUUCCUGUUCUUAGAACACCGCAUGCUAAUCAUCUUUUUCCCUGUCUGUCUGUGUGUCUCUCAGCAGGAGAGAACCCGUUCCUUUGAUGGCUUCAGCAUGCACUCUCUGGAGAACAGUCUGAUUGAUAUUAUGAGGGCUGAACAGGAUUCAUUGAAAGGUGGGUUUCUCUGUUUCACACAGUAUGAAAAAACAGCCUGGGCCUGUCUUCACAAAGCGUAUCAGAAUAAGAGUGCUGUUCUUAAAUCCUUUUUUAUUUAUUUUUUAUGAUUUUAUUUUUUUGUUGAAAUAAUGAAUAUGAUUAUAUGGACAGGGGGGGGCCUGAUCCUAGAUCAGCACUCCUACUCUGAGAUGCUUUGUGAAUAUAGGCCCUGGUAUUUUGGAAUACUCCACAAACACAGUAAUGGCAUAUGUUCUAUGUAGAGAUAGAAGAUUGAUGUCACAUAAUUCUGACCGGUUGGUAAAAUGGCUUCUUAGCUCAAAUCGGUGCACCUACACUGGUACCAACACAAGUGUGGUUGUCUUAUCGGAGGCCGUUGUUCUAUCUUGCCGAUGCAGCGUAAACUCCGCCAGCUGUAUGUUAUCUAUGUCGUCGUUCACGAAAAUCUAAUAUUAAGGAAGUCUCAAGGUUUUGCUCGCCUGAGGUAGAGUAUCUCAUGAUAAGCUGUAGACCACACUAUUUACCAAGAGCGUUUUCAUCUAUAUUUUUCGUAGCUGUCUAUUUACCAUCACAAACCGAUGCUGGCACUAAGACCACACUCAAUGAGCUGUAUAAGGCCAUAAGCAAACAGGAAAACGCUCAUCCAGAGGCGGCGCUCCUAGUGGCCGGGGACUUUAAUGCAGGGAAACUUAAAUCCGUUUUACCUCAUUUCUACCAGCAUGUUAAAGGUGCAACCAGAGGGGAAAAAAAACUCUAGACCACCUUUACUCCACACUGAGACGCAUACAAAGCUCUAGACCACCUUUACUCCACACUGAGACGCAUACACAGCUCUAGACCACCUUUACUCCACACUGAGACGCAUACACAGCUCUAGACCACCUUUACUCCACACUGAGACGCAUACACAGCUCUAGACCACCUUUACUCCACACUGAGACGCAUACACAGCUCUAGACCACCUUUACUCCACACUGAGACGCAUACACAGCUCUAGACCACCUUUACUCCACACUGAGACGCAUACACAGCUCUAGACCACCUUUACUCCACACUGAGACGCAUACACAGCUCUAGACCACCUUUACUCCACACUGAGACGCAUACACAGCUCUAGACCACCUUUACUCCACACUGAGACGCAUACAAAGCUCUAGACCACCUUUACUCCACACUGAGACGCAUACACAGCUCUAGACCACCUUUACUCCACACUGAGACGCAUACAAAGCUCUAGACCACCUUUACUCCACACUGAGACGCAUACAAAGCUCUAGACCACCUUUACUCCACACUGAGACGCAUACAAAGCUCUCCCUCGCUCUCCAUUUGGAAAAUCUGACCAUAACUCUAUCCUCCUGAUUCCUGCUUAUAAGCAAAAACUAAAGCAGGAAGCACCAGUGACUCGGUUAAUAAAAAAUGGUCAGGUGACGCAGGUGCUAAGAUACAGGACUCUUUUGCUAGCACAGACUGGAACAUGUUCCGGGAUUCUUCAGAUAGCAUUGAGGAGUACACCACAUCAGUCACUGGCUUCAUCAAUAAGUGCAUCGAUGACGUCAUCCCCACAAUGACCGUAUGUACAUACCCCAACCAGAAGCCAUGGAUUACAGGCAACAUCCGCACUGAGCUAAAGGGUAGAGCUGCCGCCUUUUAAGGAGCGGGACUCUAACCCGGACGCUUAUAAGAAAUCCCGCUAUGCCCUCAGACGAACCAUCAAACAGGCAAAGCGGCAAUACAGGACUAAGAUUGAAUCAUACUACACUGGCUCCGACGCUUGUCGGAUGUGGCAGCGCUUGAACACUAUUACAGACUAUGAAGGGAAGCACAGCCACGAGCUGCCCAGUGACACGAGCCUACCACACAAGCUAAAUCUAUUCUACAGUGAGGGAAAAAAGUAUUUAAUCCCCUGCUGAUUUUGUACGUUUGCCCACUGACAAAGACAUGAUCAGUCUAUCAUUUUAAUGGUAGGUUUAUUUGAACAGUGAGAGACAGAAUAACAACAAAAAAAUCCAGAAAAACCCAUGUCAAAAAUGUUAUAAAAUGAUUUGCAUUUUAAUGAGGGAAAUAAGUAUUUGACCCCUCUGCAAAAUAUUACUUAGUACUUGGUGGCAAAACCCUUGUUGGCAAUCACAGAGGUCAGACGUUUCUUGUAGUUGGCCACCAGGUUUGCACACAUCUCAGGAGGGAUUUUGUCCCACUCCUCUUUGCAGAUCUUCUCCAAGUCAUUAAGGUUUUGAGGCUGACGUUCGGCAACUCGAACCUUCAGCUCCCUCCACAGAUUUUCUAUGGGAUUUAGGUCUGGAGACUGGCUAGGCCACUCCAGGACCUUAAUGUGCUUCUUCUUGAGCCACUCCUUUGUUGCCUUGGCCGUGUGUUUUGGGUCAUUGUCAUGCCCUGGUUGAGGGAAGGAGGUUCUCACCCAAGAUUUGACGGUACAUGGCCCCGUCAAUCGUCCCUUUGAUGCGGUGAAGUUGUCCUGUCCCUUUAGCAGAAAAACACCCCCAAAACAUAAUGUUUCCACCUCCAUGUUUGACGAUGGGGAUGGUGUUCUUGGGGUCAUAGGCAGCAUUCCUCCUCCUCCAAACACUGUUGAGUUGAGUUGAUGCCAAAGAGCUCGAUUUUGGUCUCCUCUGACCACAACACUUUCACCCAGUUCUCCUCUGAAUCAUUCAGAUGUUCAUUGGCAAACUUCAGACGGGCCUGUAUAUGUGCUUUCUUGAGCAGGGGGACCUUGCGGGCGCUGCAGGAUUUCAGUCCUUCACGGCGUAGUGUGUUACCAAUUGUUUUCUUGGUGACUAUGGUCCCUGCUGCCUUGAGAUCAUUGACAAGAUCCUCCCGUGUAGUUCUGGGCUGAUUCCUCACCGUUCUCAUGAUCAUUGCCACUCCACGAGGUGAGAUCUUGCAUGGAGCCCCGGGCCGAGGGAGAUUGACAGUUCUUUUUUGUUUCUUCCAUUUGCCAAUAAUCGCACCAACAGUUGUCACAUUUACAUUUUACAUUUUAGUCAUUUAGCAGACGCUCUUAUCCAGAGCGACUUACAGUUAGCGCAUACAUUAUUUUAUCGAACCCACAACCCUGGCGUUGCAAACGCCAUGCUCUACCAACUGAGCUACAUCCACCUUCUCACCAAGCUGCUUGGCGAUGGUCUUGUAGCGCAUUCCAGCCUUGUGUAGGUCUACAAUCUUGUCACUGACAUCCUUGGAGAGCUCUUUGGUCUUGGCCAUGGUGGAGAGUUUGGAAUCUGAUUGAUUGCUUCUGUGGACAGGUGUCUUUUAUACAGGUAACAAGCUGAGAUUAGGAGCACACCCUUUAAGAGACACCUGGGAGGCAGAAAUCUUUCUGAUUGAGAGGGGGUCAAAUACUUAUUUCCCUCAUUUAUAAUGCAAAUCAAUUUAUAACAUUUUUGACAUGUGUAUUUCUGUAUUUUUGUUGUUGUUAUUCUGUCUCUCACUGUUCAAAUAAACCUACCAUUAAAAUGAUAUGUCUUUGUCAGUGGGCAAACGUACAAAAUCAGCAGGGGAUCUAAUACUUUUUUUCCCACACUGUAUGCUCGCUUCGAGGCAAGCAACACUGAAGCAUGCAUGAGAGCAUCAGCUGUUCCGGACGACUGUGUGAUCAUGCUCUCCGUAGCCGAUGUGAGUAAGACCUUUUAUAAAGGUUAACAUUAACAGACAGAUUACCAGGACAUGUACUCCGAGCAUGCGCUGACCAACUGGCAAGUGUCUUCACUGACAUUUUCAACAUGUCCCUGACUGAGUCUGGAAUACCAACAUGUUUCAAGCAGACCACCAUAGUCCCUGUGCCCAAGAACACUAAGGUAACCUGCCUAAAUGACUACAGACCCGUAGCACUCACGUCUGUAGCCAUGAAGUGCUUUGAAAGGCUGGUCAUGGCUCACAACACCAUUAUUCCAGAAACCCUAGACCCACUCCAAUUUACAUACCGCCCCCAACAGAUCCACGAUUAUGCAAUCUCUAUUGCACUACACACGGCCCUUUCCCAAUUUGACAAAAGGAACACCUACGUGAGAAUGCUAUUCAUUGACUACAGCUCAGCGUUCAACACCAUACUGCCCUCAAAGCUCAUCACUAAGCUAAGGACCCUGGGACUAAACACCCCCCUCUGCAACUGGAUCCUGGACUUCCGGACGAGCCGUCCCCAGGUGGUAAGGGUAGGUAACAACACAUCUGCCACGCUGAUCCUCAACACUGGGGACCCUCAGGGGUGCGUGCUCAGUCCCCUCCUGUACUCCCUGUUCACCCAUGACUGCAUGGCCAGGCACAACUCCAACACCAUUAACUUUGCAGAUGACACAAUAGUGGUAGGCCUGAUCACAGACAACGAUGAGACAGCCUACAGGGAGGAGGUCAGAGACCUGGCCGUGUGGUGCCAGGAUAACAAUCUCUCCCUCAACAUAAUCAAGACAAAGGAGAUGAUUGUGGACUACAGGAAAAGAAGGACCGAGCACGCCCCCAUUCUCAUCGACGGGGCUGUAGUGGAGCAGGUUGAGAGCUCCAAGUUCCUUUUUGUCCACAUCACCAACAAACUAUCACGGUCCAAACACACCAGGACAGUCGUGAAGAGGGCACGACAAAGCCUAUUCCCCCUCAGGAGACUGAAAAGAUUUGGCAUGGAUCCUCAGAUCCUCAAAAAGUUAUACAGCUGCACCAUCGAGAGCAUCCUGACUGGUUGCAUCACUGCCUGGUAUGGCAACGGCUCAGCCUCCGACCGCAAGGCACUACAGAGGGUAGUGCGUACUGCCCAGUACAUCACAGGGGCCAAGCUUCCUGCCAUCCAGGACCUCUAUACCAGGCGGUGUCAGAGGAAGGCCCUACAAAUUGUCAAAGACUCCAGCCACCCUAGUCAUAGACUGUUUUCUCUGCUACCGCACGGCAAGCGAUACCGGAGCGUUAAGCCUAGGUCCAAAAGGCUUCUUAACAGCUUCUACCCCUAAGCCAUAAGACUCCUGAACAGCUAAUCAAAUGGCUACCCAGACUAUUUGCAUUAUCCCCCCCAUCCCCCGCCCCCUCUUUUACGCUGCUGCUACUCUGUUCAUUAUCUAUAAUAUGCCAUUUAGCAGACGCUUUUAUCCAAAGAGACUUACAGUCAUGCGUGCAUACAUUUUUUUGUGUAUGGGUGGUCCCGGGGAUCGAACCCACUACCUUGGCGUUACAGGCGGCGUGCUCUACCAGCUGAGCUACAGAGGACCACAUGCAUAGUCACUUUAACUAUACCUACACGUACAUAUUACCUCAAUUACCUCGACUAACCGGUUUCCCCACACAUUGACUCUGUACCGGUACCCCCUGUAUAUAGCCUCCCUACUGUUAUUUUUACUGUUAUUUUACUGCUUUUAUUUUUUACUUAUCUAUUGUUUACUUAACACUUAUUUUUCUUAACUACAUUGUUUGUUAAGUAAGCAUUUCACUGUAAGGUCUACACCUGUUGUAUUCGGCGCAUGUGACAUAAAAUGUGAUUUGGUAUUACUCGUAAGAAAUUAUGAUCUUUGUCAGUCUUUUGAACAAUGUAUCCUGCUGAAUUCCCUAGCUGCGGUAGUGCAGAGUAGAGGAGAAACAGCCGUACUAAAGACUGAGUCCUCUGAAUGGUGGGAGUACUGAGCAAUACUCUUCUCUUAACCUCCUCAAUCUCACACACACCUACCUGUUAAAUUAACGCUAUGCUGGCACUUUGAUCUCUGCUCCACUCUCCAUUCUCUCCACCACCAUGAAUUAAAACAUUUGGCUUACGUUUUGUCGCAUACCAUCUCUAAAGACAUGUUUUAUAGGCAAGACCCAGACUGCUCUUCAGAAGGAGUUUGUCACUAUGUUAAUGCAGGCCAGUAGAGCAACCACUAAUUUCCCGUCUCUGUUCAUGUCUCGCUAUCGGUUGGCUGUUAAGUCAGAGUUCUCUGGAUGCUUUGAUGGUUCUGCUGCUCAUCUCAACUGUCAUUCUCCUCCGUACAUCACAGAACAGCUACAGUUGUUGAAAUAUGGUGGAUAUACAGUAUGGAGUGAGAAUGUUUGGAUAUAUGGAGUGAGAAUGUUAGAAUAUGGUGGAUAUAUGGAGUGAGAAUGUUAGAAUAUGGUGGAUAUAUGGAGUGAGAAUGUUAGAAUAUGGUGGAUAUAUGGAGUGAGAAGGCAAAAUAAUAUGCAUAUUCUAACUGACUUCUGUCUCUUCCUCUCCAGGUCGCUAUGGUUUCUCUCACCAGGGUGGAGACGGGUCUUUGCCCAUGAAUGGUAUGGAAAUGUUAUAUUUUGCCUCAAUACUAUAAAGUUUAUAGCUUUGUUCAGCCAUUCACAAUACAGGUAGUCAAUUGGAUGCAAGUUGUUCAUGGGGUGUACAUUAUGUUGUAACCCUGUGCUGUUAAGAGUUGUUAUGAAGGUUUUUGUCUUGUUUUACAUGCAGCUAGGAGCUAUGGCAGAAGACGAGGUAAAGCCAAACCCCAAAUGUCUUCAUGUUUUAGCCUACAUCAUGUCAUUAUUUGCAAAGCGGCCAUUACACAGUACAUGCUGUCUGUCUGGUUUGGCCUCGCUGUGUCUGAAAUGGCACCCAGGGGGAAUAGGAUGCCAUUUCAGACGCAACUUAUCUGUGUUUGACCCUUAAAUGCUGCCUUUUCACGAGGCCCCGACUGAACCUGCCGAGGAAGACCUCUUAAGUCCCAGGGAGGAUUUUAAAUAAAUAAAUAAAAACAUCAACAUAAAAUAUAUUAAUUCAAUCCAAAUACUAUAAAGCAUUUGAUAAGAACUUCCCUGUAGAUUGUGUGGCAUACUGCUCAGUGUUGAGUUACAUACUUUAACCUGAUAAAGUGUUGAAAAUUGAGUUCCAGGUCGUCUUUAUUGCAGUCGUGCUGACUGACCGUCUCACAAGAUUGCUAUAUUAAUAACGUUCAACACUUGUGUUUGUUGUGAGAUCUGAUCAUCUGUGCAGCGCGACAGCAAAAAAGACGAUCUGACAUAAUUGUCGGGUGCCUGUUACCUGCUGGGCUUUUAUGACCUGGCUGUGGUGGCUUGUCACUAGACUUUAGCAAAACAUCAAAUGUUGCAAGCACUUGAGGAAAUCAUGACUGGUUUCAUGAUCAUGGUUCUCGUUUGUCUUCAUCACAAUUAAAAAUAGCUUCAUUUGAGUUAUUUUGAUUCCAAUUAAUGUACCGCAAUUUUAUUGUAAGUGUAUUUAUUUGGGUACAAUCUUUCCCUUUUUCCACGACUGAGUCAAACAGAGCUGAGCCAAGCUGGACUGAGCUGGCCUGGUUAAACCCAAGCUGUACUGAGCUGGCCUGGUUAAACAUCCACAAUAAUUUUUGGAAAGGACAAUGUGAAAAUGAAAUAUCGGAGCCAGCACAGUAUGGUUUUAAAAUAAAUAUUAUAACCACAAAUAGGUGCUAAGUGGCAUAAAGAAAUCCAAGUCCAGGCACUCACAUGGGUUUGAAAGUUAAAAAGCCUUUAAUGUAUGGGACGUUAAAAUGCAUCAAUGCAUAUCGGCUUAAGUCUUCAUCAGGGUGUCUGGGUUAGUACGGUUUGGGUUGGCAUGAUGGUGUGAAAUAAGUAUCUCAUAUCUACCGAUCUAUCUCUCUGCCCUCCAGGUCACUCUAACUUGUUCCCCAUGGAGGACGAGCGGUCCUUUGGAGAGGACGAGUCAGGUGACCAGGGACUUCCUGAUUUAGGCUCUGCUCACUGUUUCCCGCACCUAAACGGAGAGCGAGUGGAGAGAUACUCACGCAAGGUGUUUGUUGGAGGACUGCCCCCCGAUAUAGACGAAGGUAUUGAUCAAUGAACAGAAUAAUACACCUUCUACAAUGUUGUUCUCGGGUUAAAAAUAAUGCUUUGAGAGUUGUCUGUUUUCUAUGGUAAUGGAUCCCUGUCAUCGGAUGUCAUAGAGGCUUAGAGGCUGUGUACUGCAACUACAGGCUCCUGAAGAGCCUUUGUAGCUGACUAGCUUUGACUCUUUCAUUCUCAGAUGAGAUCACUGCCAGUUUCCGCCGGUUUGGUCACCUGUUUGUCGAUUGGCCCCACAAGGCUGAGAGCAAGUCCUAUUUCCCACCCAAAGGUGAGUCUGAUAUGGUCACAAUGGCCAGGAAAUACUCAGGGCCCUAGGAAUGAAGGGAAUACUCAGGGCCCUAGGAAUGAAGGGAAUACUCAGGGCCCUAGGAAUGAAGGGAAAUAGAUGAAGGUCAUGAGAGUAUUGAGCGCGUUCUUUCCCCUCUCUAGGUUAUGCAUUCUUACUGUUCCAAGACGAGAGCUCUGUCCAGGCUCUGAUCGAUGCCUGUAUCGAGGAGGAUGGCAAGCUCUACCUCUGUGUCUCCAGCCCCACCAUCAAGGACAAGCCUGUGAGUGGCAGUAUUUAAAAAUGUUUUUCACUGUAAUUAAAGUUAUUGGUGGGAGUUGUCUGUCCUCCUUGUCAAUCUACCACUUCUGGUAAAUAGUUGAGAUCAGCCUAGUCCACUCAAAUCAAAUUUGAUUUGCCACAUGCGCCGAAUACAACCUUACAGUGAAAUGCUUACUUACAAGCCCUUAACCAACAAUGCAGUUUUAAGAAAAAUAAGUGUUAAGUAAAAAAUAGUUCAGCCCUGUCCACUCACCUAGUUCAGCCCUGUCCAGACACCUACAGUAGUUCAGCCCAGCCCUGUCCACACACCGACAGUAGUUCAGCCCAGCCCUGUCCACACACCUACAGUAGUUCAGCCCAGCCCUGUCCACACACCUAGUUCAGCCCUGUCCAGACACCUACAGUAGUUCAGCCCAGCCCUGUCCAGACACCUACAGUAGUUCAGCCCAGCCCUGUCCAGACACCUACAGUAGUUCAGCCCAGCCCUGUCCAGACACCUACAGUAGUUCAGCCCAGCCCUGUCCAGACACCUACAGUAGUUCAGCCCAGCCCUGUCCAGACACCUACAGUAGUUCAGCCCAGCCCUGUCCAGACACCUACAGUAGUUCAGCCCAGCCCUGUCCAGACACCUACAGUAGUUCAGCCCAGCCCUGUCCACACACCUACAGUAGUUCAGCCCAGCCCUGUCCACACACCUAGUUCAGCCCUGUCCAGACACCUACAGUAGUUCAGCCCAGCCCUGUCCAGACACCUACAGUAGUUCAGCCCAGCCCUGUCCAGACACCUACAGUAGUUCAGCCCAGCCCUGUCCAGACACCUACAGUAGUUCAGCCCAGCCCUGUCCACACACCUAGUUCAGCCCAGCCCUGUCCACACACCUACAGUAGUUCAGCCCAGCCCUGUCCACACACCUAGUUCACAUCUAGUUGUAUGGACAUUGAAAGAGAGUUUUACAAACUUUGUAUGGAAUUUGUUACAGACUUUUCUAGAUGUUGUUUGAGAGUUAUAUGGGUGUUAUCUGAACGUUGUCUGGCCAUUCCUCUGUGUUCCUCUAGGUCCAGAUCCGUCCCUGGAACCUGAACGACAGUGACUUUGUGAUGGACGGCUCUCAGCCUCUGGACCCCAGGAAGACCAUCUUCGUAGGGGGUGUGCCACGUCCUCUACGUGCAGGUACUGGACUGGGUUUCUGUGUGAGAGGAAUGGGGGGGGGGGGGGAGAGAAUGAGGAGGAGGGUGGAGUAGGGGAGAGAAGUGGGGGGAGGGAGAAGUGGGGAAUGGGGGAGAGGAAGUGGGGAGUGGGGGAGAGGAAGUGAGGAGAGAGAGGAAGAUGGGGGGGGGGGGGGAGAAGAAGUGGGGAAUGGGGGAGAGGAAGUGGGGAAUGGGGGGAGAGAAGGAGGAAUGGGGGAGAGAAGGAGGAAUGGGGGAAGGGAAGGAGAGAAGUGGGGGGAGAGGAGGACGGGGAGAGGAUAGAGGAAUGGUGUGAGAGAGGGCAAGACCUGAAGACCCUGAGCUACAGUAAUGCCUAGGCUUUAGCUCAGCAGGCUAACACUGUCUGGUGUGACAGACCAAGUCGGCCACAUCAUAAGCCUAAUAUGUAAUGUGUUAAUGUUCCAGUGGAGCUGGCCAUGAUAAUGGAUCGUCUGUACGGAGGAGUGUGUUAUGCUGGCAUCGACACGGACCCCGAGCUGAAGUACCCUAAAGGAGCGGGUCGUGUGGCAUUCUCCAAUCAGCAGAGCUACAUCGCUGCUAUCAGCGCUCGAUUCGUUCAGCUGCAGCACGGCGAGAUCGACAAACGGGUGAGUCAGUCUGGUCUUUGGUAGUUUAGCGGAGCCACAUACGCAUUGCAUUUUGUCCAGGAGAAGAAACAGAGAGAUGCACACCAUAGUCUGAGCUUCUCCCCUCUUUCUCUUUUGUCCCAUUCAAUCUGGGUAUAUGUUUAAUCUCCCCUCCUCCCCCCUCUCCCCCAGGUGGAAGUGAAGCCAUACGUGCUGGAUGACCAGCUGUGUGAUGAGUGCCAGGGGACGCGCUGUGGAGGGAAGUUUGCUCCCUUCUUCUGCGCUAACGUCACCUGUCUCCAGUACUACUGUGAGUACUGUUGGGCUGCCAUCCACUCCCGGGCCGGACGAGAGUUCCACAAGCCACUGGUCAAGGAGGGGGGAGACCGGCCCCGACACAUAUCCUUCAGGUGGAAUUAG